AACAAUUGAAAAUUAAAAAAACUUUCUUUUCUUUCUCAUUGAAAAUUGGAAUGUGUUAACUAUAAACAUUGCUUAGGAUUAGUAGGAUUAUUAAUUCCAUUUUGAGUUUUCAGAUUAAAGAAAGCGUUUAACCAUGUCCGCAACUGCAAUACAAGUUCCUACACGUCAGGAAAUAUUCGAAAAGGAAUGGGAAAGCUUGUUCCCAAAACAAGUAACUGAUAACUACACAAGUUCGAUUACAUUUGUGAAACAAUUGACAGCGGUGGCCAUUAGUACUAUAACUUAUAUGAAAAACGCGUUCCCUGAAGAGAGUUACACGAACGAAAACUUCGCGGGACUGCAGUUGAAGAUAUUGAAGCAGAAGUGUGCAGAUGGCCUGGCUCAAUUUGUGAGCGCUUCGUUGAAACAGGCGUUUGAAGCGUUCGACAAGAAAUAUGUCCACCAGUUAGCCCUCUGUUUCUACAACGGCGAGUGUGUCCCAGAGAAUCUCAUAGAAUACCACAUCUUUGAGUAUUCGUACAACGCAGAUGGCGUUUCGUUGAAUAUCAACUCGAAGAACAGAAACCAGAACUCGAAACGUUUCUCUAUGCAAGCCAUACACAACAGGACUGUAAUGAUGAUCCGAUCAUUAUCACUAUUCAUCACCACAAAUUGUCACGAACAACUGCCCUUAAACUUCGAUAUAAGCAUGAGGAUCUAUUAUACUGAAGAUACCCCAGAAGACUAUCAAGCCCCUGGCUUCGCCGAAUGCACCGGCCCUGACCCAGUCUUGGACACGCUACAUACAGCCGUCUGCCUGGGGCGAGUAGAGACGCCCUACAACAAGAUUGUAGCCCGGACCUUCGUACAAGGGGUUACGGACACUGAUCCUGAGGGGUGA